AUGGUUAAUAGAGACCUGGAUGCAGACGAAGUAAUUCAUAGGGUCAGGCGGGAAAACAUGAUGGAAAAUGACUUAACCAAUAUGAUAGAGAGAAUCAUGGCCCAGAAUGGUCUGAAUACAGGACUUCAACGGCCAAAUUAUUCCUCUCCUUUAUCAGAAUAUAUCCUGCAAACAGAAUUACCAAGGGGUUGUAAAAUCCCUAAGUUCACCAAAUUCUCAGGGGAUACUAGUCAAUCCACUAUAGAGCACAUAGCCAGAUACAUGACUGAGGCAUGGGAUUUGGUGAACAGUGAGAACCUAAGGAUGAAAUAUUUCCCUAGUUCUUUAACAAAGAACGCCUUCACGUGGUUUGCAACUUUGCCACCCAAUUCCAUAGAUGCUUGGCCCCAGUUAGAAAGAUUGUUUCAUGAACAAUUCUACAUGGGCCAAACUAAGAUAAGUCUUAAGGAAUUAGCCAGCAUCAAAAGAAAAUUCACCGAACCUAUAGAUGAUUAUCUGAAUAGGCUCCGUUUGUUGAAAUCUAGAUGCUUUACAAUAGUGCCUGAACACGAGUUGGUCGAAAUGGCCGCUGGAGGUUUAGACUAUUCCAUCAGGAAAAAGUUAGAUACCCAGCAUCUAAGAGACAUGGCCCAAUUAGCAGAUAGGGUUCGACAGGUCGAACGCUUAAAAUCUGAAAAGGCCAGAGCGAAUAAGAAUUAUAAGAAAGAGAGGGUUGCUUAUGUCGAAUUCGAAGACGGAGAGUUUGAAAUCGCUGAAGAUCCUUAUGGUCUUGAGGAAUUCGAAGUAGAUUUGGCUGAAUUAAAAUAG